UCACGAAGAAGAACCACUAACCGGAAGUAGAAAAAGCGGGAGAAUUGAAGAGGUAAACAAGAUUUCAGUGGUUUGAGCUUGUGACACUAAAAUUGGUCGAAAUGCUGAAUAAGGCACCCAAACUGAAGAAAACAAUCAAAGCGAAGACAAAGAGUAACGUAAAUGUUCGACCAGCGUCAGAAGCGAUGAUUGAACUCGUGACUCUGCUGUUUGUGAAAAGCCUAGCGGAGGAGGCGAAGACGAAAGCUAUUGAAGAAAAAUCAUCAACCAUCAGAACUGAACAUCUCAAAGCCGUCUGCAAGAAAGCGCUGAAAAAAGCAAGGGGAUGAAGUCCGCAAAGUGUCAUCCUGAUUUGUACAGGCAUAAUAAAAAGAGAUGACAUUCCCUCUUUUGUGCUGCAUCUAUUUCCAUGACAGAGAACUUAAUAAAACCCUUGUAAAUCCUAUUAUGGUUUGUAUUUCAGACCUGUCAUUCCUAAACAUACUUGCUAAACAUGAUUACUUUCUCAUUUUCACACAGUCAUAACUGAGUCAUCAGGUUGUCAUUCUCAUUAGAAACUCUUCCAAUAAAAUUUUCACCAAAACAGCCCUAGAAUCAAUAAAAUAUCAACUUAUCACCACUGAUAAUUACUCGAAAUGUUUUUAAAAGCACAUACAAGCAACAACAUAGUGAUGUGAAGGCCUAUAGCAGACUACCUUGAUAUUCUUUUUCCCUAUAGUUGUGAAAACCUCAGAUUAUUCUGGUUGGUUUCUCUCUCUUAAGCCCAUCUUGCUCUCCUGUUGUUCAUCGUAACACAUCAGUGUUUUACAUUCCAUUUUGUGUUAUUUUUAUUUUUUUGUGCAACCUCUUUGCUGAGCAAAAUCUCAGACUCCUCCCAGAUUCUUCAGUUCUUCAUUAUCUGUAUGCUAUCCUGCUAACUCCUUUUCAUUAGAGGGUUCACUGCAAGUCUUCAUGUCUCUUUGGUGACCAGAUUGUAAAAAUGUUAGUCUUAUUGUUCAUCAUAGAAAAUGUAUGAAAUUAUUAUUAAAAUCUGAAACUUUUCUUUGAUAGUA